AUGACUGGAGGCAAUAGCGGGAUCUCUGCUACUGGCGCGGGAAGUGUUGUAUUGCUUCCACGCGGAGUGUACGCUACGGUGUUUGAACCAAUAAAUAGUGCGGAAGAGCAACAGAAAGUGGCGCUUGAGGACUCCGUUAGACGGCCACUUGACGACCAUCAAAAAGCGAACAUUUCGUCGAUGGCAGGGGCGGCUGGACGUUUUGAAGCGCAGCGGCGACUGCGUAAGGCAAUGGCUGCAAAGGAGGCAACUAUGAUUCAACUUAAGCAACUUAUUAGAGAAUAUUCGAGUCCAGGUGAGGGACCUAAUCGCAGUAAGGAGCAGCUAAAAAUGGUAAAUGAUAAGGUAACGGGAUGUUCUCUAGGUGAAAUAAAUGGUAUACCAUCACCAGCGGUAGCACUGGGACAUAUUGAAAAAGAUAUUUCUGUGCAUCCAGCCGCUGAUUUGGCGUGCGAUGCGGAGGUUUUGCGCCUCAAACUUGAGAACGAAAAAUUAUCUGUGAAGGAAACAGCCCUUAAAAGGGAACGUGAGCAGCUGGAAAGGCUCGUUGUUGACCUUCGAAAAGAGUUGGAAGCUUCUGGAGAUGCCCUCCGUGAUCAAACCGAGCUUCUACAAACCAUACGCAUCAGCGAGGGCCGCCACGGGUCACAUGUCUUCUUCAAACACAAACCUGAAAAACUGUCGGAGCCCAUAACCACUGCGGCCCCAUCUGAAGAGAGGAAAAAGGGAGGUGAGAAGGAUGAUGAAAAUGAGAAGGGGAAUAAGGAAGAAGAUAAGAAAGAGGAAAAGAAAAAAGAUACCAUAUGUGAAGGGGAUAAGGUGUCUGACAUGCUGAAAAGAAUAGAGGCUUUGGAGGGACUUCUCGCCCUCGAGGAAAAAAGGCGGGAAGCGGUGGAAAAGCGGUGUGAGGAACUUCUGGCGAUGUCUUCCGAGAGGAAAGCAGGAGAUGAGCCGACUCCUCUUGCAGCAAGGACGGCAGAUUGGGGUACCGUUGCGGGUCGCCGCGAGGAGGAGGGCGGUAAAACUUUAAAGACUGAUCCAGCUUGUAAAGAAAAUCUUUUUGAACCGGCACCUGCGGUAGAGGACAGCCCGGGGAAAAGCGCGAAGGACGGCAGGGACACAAAUCUCAAUCGUGUCAUUCGCGUGUUGGUGGAAAAGCACCGUGCUGCACGGGUUGUGUGGACGAGGCGUGAGAAGGAGUUCAAGCGGUACACGCAAGUACUUGAGUCCGUCAUGACACGAAUGGAGCGUGGUCUCCCUGCCGAGGAACCAGGCAAAGCAGCUUUAUUUAAUCUCACCGUAUCCCUUGUUGCAUGUGAGAACCUACUUAACCGGCGUAACAAUGGUGCUCUUUUUAUUGAUCCCUUUGUUGUGCUCUAUUCACCAAUUGGCGAAAAGGCACUUGAGACUCUGCCCCGUGAGGACACCAAUUGCCCUCAGUUCACAAAUGCUGGGGACACUGUUACCUUCAAAGUGGUGAGGGGUUUACCGUGGAGUCUCACAUUUGAGGUCUAUUCAAGAGGUGUAAACAAUACUGGUCUCUUUUUGGGACAGGCAAAAGUACCUGUUGAGUCUUUCUUGGAGGACGUUGCAGUAGACAAACGUUUCCAACGAAAGGUAAGGCUUUGUCCACGCGACCGUGAACCGGAUAGUGAAGUUAUUCAAAACGCUCAUCGCCUAGGUUCCAUUAUUUUCACUGCAUGUAUUUCGGUGGUGGGGAGGGAUCGAAGAAGUUCUUCUAUUCCUGCGGUUUCUCCACGCAACUCUGCCAUCACCUCCAGUGGUUGCCGGCGGUCGGUGCUCGACGUGAAGCGGUCAAUGGAAGCUGAACAUUAUGAUACCGUCAACGUCGACGUGAGUUGUAGUGCAGGGGAAGAGGCGAGGUGUUGCUCUCCUGCCGACGCUGUAAUUCUACGCGUGCUGAGUGCUAAAGGUGUUAUAAAGCGUCCUUCGGGCGUGUAUUCAAAUCCUUACGUUGUAGCGUUCGACAGUGGCACCGGUGAGGAGUUGUUGCACACGCCACCCGUUAUGGCAUCAUCCAACCCUCAGUGGGAGCAUUCGGCGCAGGGUAGAUGUAUAAUCCGUCCCGAUCACGCGAGAGGGUCUGUCACCUUCCGCGUAUAUGACCACGACCAAGAGGGGAAGGACCGGUUCCUGGGCGAAGCUCAUCUUCCAAAACGUCUGAUAUUUUCCGGGAAGGAGUUGCAUGAACUGAAACUAGAGCCACGAAGGGAUGAAUCGUUAGAGUACAUUCGCCGCAAACAGCACAAACUUGGAAAGUUGGUGGUUCAGUGCGUCCGUAAGAAUGCUAGGAGUGAGGGUGAAAGAAGCCGAACCCAGUCCGGGGGAAGUGUGUGCAGGUCAGCACCUUAUCCUGGAGCGGUAUGUGGAUUCACCGAGUCAUCAAAGAUUCUCCACGAGGAUUCUGUUACAAAUUGCAAAACAAUUUUAUUGGACGCUUUGCCUAUUCGGGUUACAGUCGAGGCAUGCAACGGACUCUGCAUUGAUCGGUCGGGUGGAUAUGUAGUGGUGUGUAUUGUUUCACCUAAUCUGGUGGAGUACAUGACCUCCGCAGUAUGUGGGACAGCCGACCCCUCGUGGACCGGCACGGACAACUCCGCAACGUUUUCUGUGCACCCUCUAAGCAGUGGCGCCAUCCAAUUUCAUGUAAUGGCUCAAGAUAGAAAAUGCGGCUACGGUGGAAGAAUCGUCGGCUGUGCACAAAUAUCCACUCUGGACCUCUUCCGUCGAGGGUUUGGCAGGAAGAAACUACAGCUUGGAGGCCCUCCAGAUCGCGCGGAUAUCUUACGAAGGCAAAGGCAGUCGGGUCAGGGGACGAUCACUGUGUUUUUUUCGCUUCUUUCCUCUCCCCCAGUGCGUGGUGAAGAUGAAGUCACUUGCUCUCAGGAAAAACGAGCGGCGGCGGUGUCUCCUGCUGCCGUGACUAACGGCCAGAGUGAGCCGUCCUUGACAAGAAGACAAGAUCGCAACACACCCGCUUCUACAGGAGUUGCAAUGUCAAUAUACAUCAAGGAAGCUCAUGAUCUUUUGGACUACGACAAGUCCAUGUUUAAUGUGCUUGGAGUAACGGAUCCACGAGUAACAGUAUGGGUAGGGCCCAAUCACGCAUUCACAACACCUGAAAAACGUGAUACUGUGAACCCUAAGUGGAGUUUAGAAGAAGCUGAGUUCCAGGUUUCUGUUGAGCGAGGGCAUGUUAUACGAUUUGAGGUUCAGGAUGUAGACACAACUGGUUUUGAUAGCUUGGGAUCUGCUGUAGUAGAUGCCUCUGAGGUGAUAGAGUCGCCGGGUGCGCGUACACUUCCAGUGAUGCUACGGGAAAAGCAGUACGGAACAUUGACGGUUGUUUUUACCCUCGUCGAUAAGAAGGAUUCGACCAAAGAGUGA